AUGGAUGAGGAGAAGGGAAUUCAGACCCCUACGGUCACCUCUGAGCCAUCAUCAUCAUUAGGCCCGCAGAAUGCCUUUACCCGAUUUAAUGAUCGCUUUACCUCGCUUGACUUGGUUGAAGCGCGCGGCAUUGAGCGUGUUCCUGAAUCACAGCGCAUGAAGGAUGUGACUGCCGGUGAUUACAUGCAGAUGGCCCUGCUUUGGUUUAGUACCAAUAUUACCGCCAAUAAUAUGGCCGUCGGUAUGUUGGGUCCUUUGGAUUACUCUCUCGGUUUUGUCGACUCUGCCCUACUUGCCACCUUUGGUGCUCUGCUGGGUGCGGCUGGUGUCGCCUAUAUGGGAACCUUUGGUCCUGCCAGUGGUAACCGAACCAUGGUCAUUGCUCGUUUCUUCAUGGGAUACUGGCCCAGCAAGCUGUGUGCCCUGUUGAACAUCUGUAUCAUGUUGGGUUACGGUAUGGUUGACUGUGUCGUCGGUGGACAAAUUCUGUCGGCUGUCUCUGGAGGUGGCAUGUCUGUCGUUGUCGGUGUUGUCAUUAUCGCUAUCAUCACUUGGAUUGUUGUCCUGUUUGGUAUGCGUGUGUUCCACAUUUACGAACGAUGGGCCUGGAUCCCCCAGCUUAUCGCUGCGUUUGUUCUGGUUGGUUGCGCUGGUCCCAAGUUUGACACUUCAAUUCAGACCACUGGUGAUUCUGCUACUGUCGCUGGUAACCGACUGUCUUUCUUCUCCCUGUGCUUGUCCGCAUCGGUCGCAUGGGCCCCCGCCGGUGCCGACUUCUACGUCUACUUCCCUGAGAAGACUGCCAAGUGGAAGACCUUCACCAUGACUUUCCUCGGUGUCGGUCUGUCUCUUACCUUUGCCAACCUUCUCGGUGUCGGUCUUGGCUCUGGUGCUAUUAACAACGCUACCUGGGCUGCUGCCAAUGAUACCUCGUCUGGCGCGUUGAUUAUGGCCGGUUAUGAGGGUCUCGGUGGCUUCGGAAAGUUCCUCGGUGUGCUGGUCGCUCUGGGUCUGAUCGCCAACAACAUUCCCGGUACCUACUCCGCCUCUCUUGGCUUCCAGAUCCUUGGUCGCUACGCCGAGAGACUGCCUCGUUGGUUCUGGUCUUGCGUUGGUGUUAUCAUCUACUUCGUCUGUGCGCUUGCCGGUCGCAACCACUUGUACGAUAUCUUCGAGGACUGGCUUGCUCUGAUGGGUUACUGGGUGUGUAUCUACCUCAGCAUCUGCCUUGAGGAGCACUUCUUUUUCCGCUGGAACACAGGCUUCGUGUGGGAGGACUGGGCGGACCAGUCGAAACUUCCUAUCGGAAUUGCCGCCAUGGCAGCCUUCCUCAUCGGCUGGGCCGGAUCCAUUGUCUCCAUGGACGAGAUCUACUAUGUCGGUCCCAUUGCGAAGAUGGUUGGUGAUGAUUACGCUGAUCUUGGUAUCUGGGUCGGCUCUGGCUUCGCACUAAUUGUUUACCCACCCCUGCGCUGGCUGGAGCUGAAGAAGUUCAACCGUUGA